AGAGGUUCGUGUAUUGAUUGAUGCAAGGCAUUGUGUUUUUGUCAUUAAAUUUUCUUAUUUUUUUAAAUUACAAAAAAAAAUAAUUAUAAAGAAAUACCUUGAGCGUGAUUUAAUUGCAUCUUUAACACAAAGACUAAACAAAUUGCAAGAUGGCUGCCAUUGGCGUUGUGCGCGAGAAUGAAUUACGCAAAAAGGAAAUAUGCCGCUUCUGUCUGGUGCAACAUAGCAAACUUGCCUCAAUUUUUAUUGAUAAUGCACGCGUAAAGUCAACCGCGUCGCUGCCACUACAAAUAAUGGCCAUAACUUCAAUAGAGGUCCAUAGCAAUGAUGGAAUGCCCAUCUAUAUCUGUUUGGACUGUCGUCUACUUUUUGAACACUGUUAUCGCUUUAAGCAGAUGUGUAAAAAUGCGGAGACUCUACUACGACAGUAUCCGCUUACUGGUAAAUGGCCCGAACCGCUGGAGAAGCCGCGUGCCCCACUGAUGGCCAAUCAAACGGUUUCAGCUAAGAAGGAUUCUGCAGAAAUACAACCCAAAAAGCUGCUCAAUUCUAUGGCAAAGUCCAAUAAUGUACAGAUUGAAAGCGUGCAGGUAUUGGAAACUAGUUGUCUCACUAGAAAGCUGCUCAACUCGGGUGCGGCGAACUCUACUGAGCCACCGCUUACUCCAAGAGUGUCUUCGGUAAAAAGGCCACAAUCGAUGUCAUAUCAAAUGAAAGUGGAGAACAACCACGAACUGUCCAUGGACGAUGUGCAGAAUUUAAUUGCCGAUAUCGCUGAAGAACUUGAUUUUAUUAAUGCACCGGCUGCUCCUGAAACGGCCCCUGUUACCAAACCAAAGGUUCUCAACAAAUCCUCUAUGCGAAUUCUUAACAAAGGUGCCAGCACAUCUUCAGAGCCUCUCCUAGCCACGCCUCAAAUAAAGCACGACGAGGAUGGGAACGUUGCGCUUGUCACGGAAAUACUCGAUGCCGAUUCAAUCGAAGCAAUUGAUGCGGUCACAGAUCCCAUAAAAAAUGCCGCGCCUGUGGAGACAAACGUCUUUCCAUGUCCUCACUGCGAUCGCUCAUUUCCAUUGAAGCAGCUGCUCGACAUACAUGUUGUAAACCAUUCGCGCACACGUAGCUUUCAGUGUCCAGAGUGUGACAAGAGCUUCUUCUCUAAGUACGAUCUGCAGAAGCAUAACUUUAUACACACAGGUGAGCGUCCCUACAAGUGCAGCGUCUGCGAAAAGGCCUUCACACGUCGUGCUCUACUGCAUCGACACGAGCGCACCCACACCGACGUACCGAAGUUUAUAUGUCUUUACUGCGAGAAGCCGUUCAUCUCGCGCAAGGAGAUGGAGAAGCAUGCAGAGCGCCAUACCAAGAAGAGACCUUUCCAGUGUGGCGUGUGCCAAAAGGCGUUUGCCUUUAAGCAAGGUCUGGAACGACAUGAGGUCAUACACAACACGAAUCUGCCAUUCCCGUGCCAGUAUUGCAGUCGAAGCUUUGUGACCGCCGGCAAAUUGGCGCGUCAUCUGGUUGCGCAUGCCGGCAAACGCGUUUAUCCCUGCAAGUAUUGCACCAAGUCGUACCUGCUUUCGCAUCACUUGUCGCGUCAUCUGCGCAUGCACAAGCAGGCACUAGUAACCUCAUUUAUAUGCAGCAUUUGCAAGGAUAUCCACGAAACUUAUGACAGUCUGGUGGAGCACUCGGCUAUUCAUGCAAACAUCUCGUUGAUCUGUCCGUUGUGUCAGGCGAGCAUCGCUGACUUCGAUUGCGUGGAGUCGCACAUGCAGGCGCACAAGAAGAGUGACCGGCACGCGUGCGAGUUUUGCGAUUAUAUUUUCCUUACUUCAAGUCAGUUGCAUAAACACAUCGAGGACGAUCAUGUGGUCGACAUGGUGCCGUAUCAGAAUGAAGGCGAAUACGAGCAGGGAGGUAAUAAAGAGGAUUCUGAGAAGGAGUCUGAGUUAAUGGAGGAAUUAUUGAGCGAGGAGCCACAGUCGCAUUCAAAUAAAUCCGCAUCGCCACCGCAGCCGAAAAUACGGAAAAUCAAUCCGAGUUCUAAAUCAACAAACAACGAAAAAUCUAUGCAAGAGUCAAGUUCAAAGAAAAUUAAAGAAGAGCCGGGUUCACCUGUUGUGGUGAAAAGAGAACGCCCAUUAAAGUCGCCUGCCGCAGCCCCUGUUUUACCUGAAAACAAACGUCAGACGCGCAGGCAGGAGGCCAAACAAAAGAUUCUGAAACCGAGCGAUUCCGGCAAAAGAUUGACUAAGAAAGUUCUUGCAGUUCACGAAAAACCAGGCAUGAAGCCAAGAAAUGCAAAGGUGACAAGUUCAAAGCAUCAGAGCUCCAAGUAGAUUCUCAACCCAUAUGCGAUGUUUAUAAAUAUACAGAUAGCUAAAGCAUAAAAAAUGUAUUUUACAUUUUGCAAAUUUAUAAAUGAGUCUACGGAUCAUUUUAGAAUUGCUCAACAUUUUAUGAAUUUACGUCUAGUUGUCGUUUGCAAGUAAGUCGCUUUUAAAAGAUUUGAAAGCAAGUGAAGAUGAGAGUUUUAUACAAAG